AUGGUUUGUUACAAUGUAUCAGAGCAGGAUGAGGGUCCAUCCCCUGCUGAGCGGGGUCAGGAUGAGGGACCAUCCCCUGCUGAGCGGGGUCAGGAUGAGGGACCAUCCCCUGCUGAGCGGGGUGAGGACGAGGGACCAUCCCCUGCUGAGCGGGGUCAGGAUGAGGGUCCAUCCCCUGCUGACCGGGGUCAGGAUGAGGGACCAUCCCCUGCUGACCGGGGUCAGGAUGAGGGACCAUCCCCUGCUGAGCGGGGUCAGGAUGAGGGUCCAUCCCCUGCUGAGCGGGGUCAGGAUGAGGGUCCAUCCCCUGCUGAGCGGGGUCAGGAUGAGGGUCCAUCCCCUGCUGAGCGGGGUCAGGAUGAGGGUCCAUCCCCUGCUGAGCGGGGUCAGGAUGAGGGUCCAUCCCCUGCUGAGCGGGGUCAGGAUGAGGGUCCAUCCCCUGCUGAGCGGGGUCAGGAUGAGGGUCCAUCCCCUGCUGAGCGGGGUCAGGAUGAGGGUCCAUCCCCUGCUGAGCGGGGUCAGGAUGAGGGACCAUCCCCUGCUGAGCGGGGUCAGGAUGAGGGUCCAUCCCCUGCUGAGCGGGGUCAGGAUGAGGGUCCAUCCCCUGCUGAGCGGGGUCAGGAUGAGGGUCCAUCCCCUGCUGAGCGGGGUCAGGAUGAGGGUCCAUCCUCUGCUGAGCGGGGUCAGGAUGAGGGACCAUCCCCUGCUGAGCGGGGUCAGGAUGAGGGACCAUCCCCUGCUGAGCGGGGUCAGGAUGAGGGACCAUCCCCUGCUGAGCGGGGUCAGGAUGAGGGACCAUCCCCUGCUGAGCGGGGUCAGGAUGAGGGACCAUCCCCUGCUGAGCGGGGUCAGGAUGAGGGACCAUCCCCUGCUGAGCGGGGUCAGGAUGAGGGACCAUCCCCUGCUGAGCGGGGAUGA